AUGUCGAAACGGCCACAACUGCUCAAGCUCAUCGCAGCACACCCCGAAGCGCACGAUGACCCGUCCCUCUUACAUCCGCUGUUUGCGAGAUUGCCGCCACUGUACCCCGACACGCCGGACGCGCCCAGUCCCCCUCCCCCAUCCCCGCCGGGGUCUAGACCGACGCGACCAAGCGUCAGAAAACCGAGGGGAGGCAGCCGGUCCGCGUCCAGGUCUCGAUCGCGAUCACGCAGGCGCGAGAAGCCUCCUACUCCACUUGGGGGCGAGAAGUCCCCGCCUGCCGUUGACGGAGACGAGAAGGCCGCCAUGCGUGAGCUAGACCGAUCCACGACCCUCGCCCCCGAGUCCAGUGUGGACGAGAAAGCAGCCCUGAAAGCAGAACUCGACGGCCCGAUCCUCGCCGAUCUCGAACCCCGCCUCGAGGCCAUCAUGACCGACACGUUAUCCCAAUUGGACGGCGAGUUGCUCGAGACGGUAGAGGUGGAGUUCGACACGCCGACGAGAGAAGAGGACGCCAACCCCUUCGCUCCCCUCGUGCUGAGCGAGGUGUUCGGACUGGCCGACAGCCUCAUGGCGAAAUACCCCCUUGACGGGCCGGAUGUGAGGGGACUGGAGGUGUUGGGGCCGGGCAGUGUGGUGAGGACAUGGGAGUGGGAGCGGAGGGGGCGGCCUGCGGACUCUGACUCUUCGGCCCACGACGUGGACGGGGACGGGGAGGUGGAGGAGAAGGAGAAGGAGAAGGAGGAGACGGAUAGCGACGAGACGGGCUCGGAGGCGAGUGACGGCGUCCGCACCCCGCGAGUCCAGAGACACCCGUUCACGCACGCGCACGCCGAGGCCUGCAUCGACGCCGACGUAAUCGUACCCGGCGGCGACGAGCUGGACGAUCUGGACGAGGACCAGCCCCCGCCGCCCAUUGUCCGCCGCGUCCCGCGCCACUUCCUCUCCACCUUACUUCCGGCCAAGUUCCGCGUCAGUAACUUUGGCACGGCGCUUGCGCUGGGUAUUCUUGUCGUUGGGCUUGGUGCUGUCAUGCUUGGAUGGAGAAGGGAUAGUGCGUGGGCGCUGUGGUGGGGACAUGUCGCGCAGGGAUGGAUCCGGCGGGGGCAGGUGGGGAGGUUGCUUGCGUUGUUGGGAUAG